AUGGAAGGGCUUAGGAUGUUGGUGGAAGAGGUGUGGAAGAAACAUAAUGUGAAUGGCACAACCAGUUACAUUUUUGCUUCCAAACUGAAGGCAUUGAAAAAUGAGAUCAAGCUUUGGGUAAAGGAAGAGGGGAGCAAGGCUGACACGAUUAUUAAAGAGCACUUUGAGGAGCUUGCGGUAUUAGAUAAUAUGGAUAUGAAGGGCUUGCCUAGUGAGAAUGGGAAGGAAAGGAGAGUUAACCUUAAAAGAGAUAUAGCUAUAUCUUGGAGACAAAAAGCAAGAGAGAAAUGGCUUAAAAAGGUGGAUAGAUAUACCAAGUAUUUUCACUAUUUGGCUAAUUAUAGGAGAAAAAAUAACUACCUAGAAGAGAUGUGGAUUAAUAGGAAGAGGGUCAGAGGUAAUAUUGAUUUGAGCCAGAAGACUAUGGCUUUUUUCCAGCACCUAUACAGGGAAGAUGGGGGCCAAAGACCUCGGCUGGAUGAUCUUUCUUUCAAACAGAUCAGUGUUGACAGUAACGUGGGACUGGAAGUUCCUUUUUCGAAAGAGGAGAUUCUAAAUUGCUUGAAGGAAUGUAAUGGGGAUAAGACUCUGGGAGUCAACAAUAUCAAGGAUUUCAAGCCGAUCAGUCUUGUGAAAAGUUUUUACAAGUUGAUUUCCAAAGUGUUGGCUAAAAGGAUGUCUAAGGUAUUAAGUGAGGUCACUGGGGAGAAUCAGAAUGCUUUUACGGCGGGAAGGCAAAUUCUCGAUGCGGUUAUGGUGACCAAUGAAACUGCUGAUGAUAUAGUGGGACAGAAAAAAAAGGAUAUAAUUUGUAAGAUUGACAUGGAGAAGGCCUGUGAUCAUGGCUUAUGGGGUUUCCGACAAGGAGAUCCAAUGUCGCCUCUAUUAUUUCUCACAGUCAUGGAAGCUUUUAGUAAAUUAAUGGAUAGGGCUGGCAAACUGAAUUUGGUUAAAGGCCUCUCAUUAGGGGUUGGGGACUCUAUGGUGAAGGAUGAAUGGCAGGGUGAGGGUAAAUUGAAGGAUAGGUUUCCGAACAUUUAUAACAUUGCUUGUGAGAGAGAUAUCUUGGUGAAGAAAGAGUAUGAGAGUGGUAGUUGGGGGAGAGGUUGGAAUCUUCAGGUUAAAAGAAAUUUGAAGGAUUGGAAAGUUGAAGAAUAA